AUGGGGAACGGAGAAAAGGGACCUAAAUAUGAUCUUUUACCUUGGGAUGAGAAACAAGAAAUUAAGGCAUACUGUAAGAUGGCUCCAGGUUGGUGGUGGCUGUGUGGAGAUGGAUAUGCACGAAAGAGCUUACCAGAAAACUGGGAAGGACAUUGUGUAGGGGGACAAUUGAUCCCACAGUAUACAAUACGUAACGAAAUAAUUACAGGGAUUGUAAGAAGUCCCUGGAGAAGGGUAAAGAGAGUACUAAACCCACUAAUAGAGAGACCGAUGGGAUUCCAUAGUUUUGUCAGAUGGCUGAUUCCUAUGAUAGGAGUAAGUGAAUUAGAAAAGGCUACAGUGAAUAACUCAGCCAGUAUGGAGAUAGCCCUUGCAGCAACUGAGGAUGCCAUUCGUGCAGAGCAGAAGGAAAUAGAGAGUCUGCAUAAAAUUACAGGACAGUUUAAAUACGCUUUAGAUAUUUUAUUUGCCAAAGAAGGAGGACUACGUACAAUAGUGAAUGAUAGUUGUUGCUCAUAUGUAAACGAGGAAAAGAAGAUAGAAAUGGACUUGCAUAAAAUAUGGGAACAAAGUAAGGUAUUCCAUGAAGUGAGCAGGGAUGAUAUAUCAUACGGAUUUUCAAACCUCUGGGAGAAGUUAACCUCGUGGAUGCCCAACAUUUUCUGGCUUAAACAAUUAUUAGUAGGAAUUGUAAUGAUUAUCAUAUUAAUAGUAUUAAUAGUAGUCUUGAUUAAGGGACCAGGCUUGUCCCACAGAUCCUUCACCACACAAAACGCCAGCGAUCAGUUCAUGCCGUUCCUGGUUUUGAAGCAUGAAUGA